ACGUGAAAGUUGAAAACCAGAGCAGGGCAGUGAAUUUGUGGUCCCCCGAUAAUUUUUUUUUGAUUUUGCUCGACGAAUUGUAUCGUCAGAACCGUACGGGGAGAGUUGCCAUCACUCGCAUACUCGUCCACUUGUAUGAAUUGGAGAUACCCCGUCCCGUAUAAUUCAACACACCAUACUCCACCGUAGCGUAGCCAAUACUUCAAAUGCCUCAGAAGCAAUCUCCGAGACAGAAUCUGGGACACACCCGCUGCACCACCACCACCACAUUGGCCUGCCAUUGAAGCUCUUCUUUUUAUAUCUCCCUCCACAUUUCUCCUUCCCCUCCUCUCUUUCAUCACUCCCGCUCACUGCUCAAUGCCGCCAUUCCCUCAAUGCGUGGAGUGAAUGUUUUGGUUUGACAUUAUAAGAUUUGAUAGUUAGUCAAAUUAAUCAUCCGGCUGUUUGACUUUCUGAAGAUUUCGAGGUGAAUUAACUUCUGUUCCUUACAAUUUGGAUCAUUAGCGAGCAAUAAUGGAGCAAACUACAGGAGGCCUGCCCGGAUCCGGUCUUGCUGUUCGUGAGCACAAUAAGACCGCGCUCGAAUCCAUCCAAUUUAACCAAGAAAUUCAGAGAAUCAUGGCCCCGCCCCCUGAAAACGCGAGCUCCUUCACUGCACUUCUCGAACUCCCGCCACCGCAAGCUGUGGAGCUCCUUCACUCGCCGGACUGUGGAACCGCCGCUCCCGGCAGCGCGUCUGCGAAGUCCCUGUGCCAAAUCAACAAUCAGAAACCCUAUCUUUUCCACUCGUUCAGUGGCAAUUUAACUUUUCCUGCUAACGCCACUUUGAUCGAGCGCGCUGCUAAAUUCUCUGUAUUUGCCGGGGAAAACUCCCACCCUGAGGAUUCCAGCUUGGUUGGACCUAAUUCGGGUGCCAAUUUGGAUAAAGUGAAGAAUGAGCCCCCAGAAACCGAUUCGAAUCCUUGUUCAAUGCAGGGCUGUGUUUCUGAUCCCACCGUUGAGAACCAGAACCAGAGGGCCGCAAAGAGGAAGGAACGGGAGAAGAAGGUUAAAGGUUCCUCAAAGAAGAGUAAGGGAGCCGCCGACGAGGCUUCCGGGGAAGCUGAAAAGCUUCCCUACGUUCAUGUCCGAGCUCGUCGAGGUCAAGCUACAGACAACCAUAGCUUAGCAGAAAGGGCUAGGAGAGAGAAGAUAAAUGCUCGGAUGAAGCUUUUGCAAGAGCUGGUCCCUGGCUGCAAUAAGAUAUCAGGAACUGCAUUGGUUCUGGAUGAAAUCAUCAACCACGUGCAGUCUCUGCAACGGCAAGUGGAGUUCUUAUCAAUGAAAUUGGCUGCGGUUAAUCCAAGAAUUGACUUCAACCUUGACAGCAUAUUGGCUACAGAAGGUGCAUCUCUCAUGGACUGUAACUUCCCCAGCACGGUUGCACCUCUGAUGUGGCCAGAAAUCCCAGUCAAUGGAAACAGGCAGCAAUAUCAACAACAGUGGCAAGUUGAUGCAUUCCACCAACCACUAUGGGGAAGAGAGGAAGCAAACCAUAAUUUUAUCACUCCGGAUAACUCUUUUCUGAGUUAUGACUCAUCAGCAAAUUCAGCAUCUCUACACUCAAAUCAGUUGAAGAUGGAGCUCUGAAGGCCGCAUAGAAGUUGUACUAGUAGCUGGUAGAAAAAGUAGUGUAUAUACAAAGUAUAGAAUUAGCAGUUAGCGGUGAUUUGAGAAGCAUCCACAUUCAGGAGGGUUUCCGUGUCUUCUAUUUGUCAGUCGGAAACUGGGAAUUUCCUCAACCAGGAAGAAGAAUUGGCAAGCUAUUCUUAUUAAAAGAAAUAUUAAUAUUAUUACUACUAUUUAUACUAACUAUAGGGGUCAUUCAAUCCAAUGCUUCAUCUAUGAGGUGAUUGAUUGAUUCAGAUUGUAAGACCAUAGAGUGAACUGUUACUGAACUUUCAUGGGAGAUUGUUGCUUUGUCUUUUGACUGUUAUUUAGAUGAUUGUCCUUGCUGUAGAGGUGCGUGAAACAAACUACUUUAAUUUUGAAUAACGUGUUGAAUAUUGUCUUUCCCA